AUGAGGUUCACUAGCUUUAGAACCGUCGUCGCGACGGCCAUCUUCGGCGCCGCCGCCGCUGUUACAUCCGAAGGGACAGCGGGUUGCGGCAAAAGUCACCCGCUUCCUAACAUAACGCAAUAUUUCGGCCUUACUAGCAGCGGGCGAGACCGAAGCUAUUCGGUCCACCUCCCGGCCAACUACAGCGAAACGGCCCCAUACCCGGUCGUUCUCGGAUUCCACGGCUCAAGCAGCGUCGGGCUUUUCUUCGAGGCGGACACGAAAAUGAGCGAGGCUCGGUUCAGCGGCAAUAAAAUAAUGGUCUACCCCAACGGCAUCGGCGGCGCAUGGGCCGGAGCGAACUACUCCGAAGUAUCGGUCUCCGAGGACCUGCAAUUCGUGUCGGACCUGCUCGACGCCGUACGGGCCGCGUACUGCGUCGACGACAGCCGGAUCUACGCCACAGGCAUGUCCAUCGGCGGCGGCUUCGUCAACACGAUCGCCUGCAGCGCCGUAGGAUCUAAUUUCGCCGCCUUCGCGCCGGCCUCGGGGUCGUUCUACACGGACAACGACGCGCUGCACGGCAACUGCACUCCGGCGCGCAGCCCGCUCCCCGUCCUCGAGAUCCACGGCGGCGCCGACCAGAGCGUGUACUAUGCCGGCGGCGCGGGCGAGGGCGGCCAGGAACCGGAUAUACCGACGUGGCUUGGGUGGUGGGCGGCGCGGAACGGGUGCGAUGAUGCGGGGAAGACGGUCGAGGAGAGCUUUGAUGGGGAUGUGCAGCAUAUGAGCUGGACGUGUGGGAGUGCGCAGGGCGCGCUGCAGCAUUGGAAGGUUGAUGAUAUGGGACACUGCUGGGCUUCGACCGAGAUCAACUUCUCCCAGAUCUCGGUGGGUGAGGGCCCGACGCAUAUAGAGGCUUCGCAGAUCAUUAUGGACUUUUUUGAUCAGUACACUAAGCCGUGA